GAUCUGGCCUGCACACAUUUGUGCUGUAUUUGGGGCCCCAUAUUGCUCUGUUUACCAUAAAAGCAAUGAAGUGCGGUCGUGUUGAUCUGAAAACUGCUCCAUAUGAUACCAUACAGUUUAAAAGUGGACCAUCAUGGCUGGAAAAAGAUUGUUCGGAGUUUGGACCUCCAUUAUACCCACCAUUACCUGGCUCACUAGUAAGGGUUCCUGUUAGCAGCUUACUCCCGCAGGUUCAGCUAGAUGCCAUUCUCUGGGGUCUGGGAACUGCAGUUGGAGAGCUUCCUCCUUAUUUUAUCUCAAGAGCAGCAUGCUUGUCAGGCAGCAAGGUGGAUGCUAUGGAUGAAUUGGAUGCUGCUUCUUCAAAAGAAGAUGGAUUUAUAUCAGCUUCCCUGAAACAAAUUGAACGAUGGCUCCUUUCGCACGUGCAGCAUCUUAACUUUUUUACAAUAUUAGUACUUGCUUCGGUUAUGCCAAACCCCCUAUUUGAUCUCGCUGGCAUCAUGUGUGGACAAUUCGAAGUCCCUUUUUGGAAGUUCUUUCUUGCAAUCUUGAUUGGUAAAGCAAUAAUUAAGACUCACAUACAAAGUUUUUUUUUCAUCGCUAUGUGCAAAAAUCAGCUUUUGGAAUUGGUGGAAAAUGAGUUAAUUUGGGUGCUUGGUCUCAUCCCUGGCUUCUCUUCUGUGCUGCCCAAUGUAGUUGGAAAACUACAAAUUAUUCAGGGAAAGUAUUUGUCACCUCCAGUUCCAUCUCCAGCUCUGUCAGACAAAAUGGCAAAGCGAUGGAACCCGUCCUUUAGUUUGAUCUGGAAUCCUUUGAUAUGGCUUAUGCUAAUGAACUUCUUUGUCGAGAUAGUGACAGCCACAGCACAAGGAUAUCUCAAGAAACAGCAGGACUCAGAAUUGACAAAGAAUCUAUUGGCAUCAAAGUCCAAAACAGAGUCAAGCACGUGA